UCCCUCCUCAUCCUCCUCCUCCUCCUCCUUCUCCUCCUGCUUCCUCGGAGCGGCACACCGCGGUCAUGGUGGACUCUCCGGACGCUGCGGUGAAGAAAGCCUUCGCCGUGCCGGAGAUCAAGCCGCUGGACAAGUACGACUUCAACCGGGCUCGGAUCUGCGCCAGCGUCCGGUGGCUGCUGUCCGCGUCGUACGGCUCUCCAGAAAAUGUUCCUGUGGAGCUUCGAGAGCCGCUUUACAAAGACCAGUUUGAACAAGAGCACCUGAARCCGUCCGUCACCAAGCUGCUCCUCUCCCCAGAGACCUACUGCCGAGCCCAGGCCCUGCUGGCUCAGGCCCAUGGGGUCUCCCUGCCAGCGUCGCAGGGGUCCCAGGCAGAUAACUCAGCCCURCUGCAGCUCCUCACCAAGAAAGGUGUGGCCCCAAAGGUCCAGGAUGUAGACGUCACAGAGGAGGACCUCAGUAAGGCCCCCAUCAAUACAAACGCCCACCUCGCCCUCAUCGACUCGCUAAUGUCACUGACUGCCAAGGACACGGUUAGCCAGGUGAAGAUAGCAGAGGAGGCGGAGCAGAUGGGUGUCGGUGCUCCGUGGGAGAAUGCGCUCCUCUUUUGGGUCAACAGGUUGAACCAAAAAAUGAGAGAAAAUACCGAAGAAGAAGAGCCUCCCAGGUCACAGUCAUGUACUGACCUGCAGCCUGUUCAGGAAACGUGUCAGUCCAACCGUUGGUACUGGAAACUAGUCCCACAUGCUAUCGCUUUUUGUUUGAAGGAGUCGGGGAAUAAGCCACCAGUGAUCCGCUAUAGAAAGGACAAAGUGCAGUCCAAGCUGACUCCUACUUUCCCCUUGGUUUCUGCAGUCAAAGAUCUGUCUAAUGGCUGUGCAAUAGCUGCUGUUCUGCACUACUACUGCCCUGACUUACUGCCUCUUGAGGACGUGUGUCUGAAGGACACCAUGUCAGUGGCAGACAGCGUCUACAACCUGCAGUUGAUCAAGGAGUUUUGUGAGAACAACUUACAGAGCUGCUGCCCGCUCGUUGUGGAGGACCUGCUCUACGCUCCACCAGCACUGCAUCUGAAUAUAAUGAGCUUCAUAGCAGAGCUGCUGAAGUGGUUCGAGGUGAAGAGGCCAGAUUUCGUCAAGCCCAUACAACCUAUUGACCUCACAGAUGUCUCAGGAUUACCUGACUGCACAAGCCCCGUCAGUGGGAACAGCAACAGUGGUUCUCCUUCUUUCAUCUUCAAACAACCUUUUGUGCCCAUCUCCUCCCCGGCGUCCCCAGAAAACAAAAGUUGGACAAAGAAACAAAUCAGUCGUCCUCUGUCAGCAGUGACUUUCAGCAUCCCAUUUGGCCUGGACAGUGAUGUUGACAUUGUCAUGGGAAACCCAAUAGAUUCUGUCUUUCGCUCCGUCAGCACCGACAACCUCACUGCUGGCGUCUCCGCUCUGACCUCUCCGGCAGCGCCCGUGGGGAUGCCUCGCGUCCCGUACAGCCCUCCGGAGGACCUCAGCCACCUGGUCAGCGCCUCGGCCCCAUCGCACCGCUCGUCCUGGGGCCCUUACGCGCAGACGACUCCGCUGGGGGAGCUGCCGACCAUCGAGGAGGCGAGGCAGGUGGUUCAUUUGUCCGGCGGCAAAGAACGGAAGAAAGGGAGGACGGCCGAGAGAAGUGGGAGAGGAGGGUUAGGAGUCAGGCCGGAGCCCAGAUUGCGUCCGGAGGGAGCGCCUGCAGGUUUUUUCUUGCACUCCCCUGAAGAAGACAAACCUCAGCUCAGCAGCUCGGCUCCCGGUCGAUCGGGACUUCUCAAUCGACCGGUGAGAGGCGGAGCUGGAGAUUCUGAUAGGCAAGGCAGGAGGGACAGAUCAACGUCCGACAUGUCACGUGAUGACGACUCGGUUCUACGAGAUGGCAGCAUUGACUCRUCUGAAGCGUCCGAUGAUUUGCCAAGAAACACCCCCGGCAAUAUUCGACCCGGUAACACCCGCCAGGGAAGCCCCAGCAGCGGCAGCAGUCCUCGCAUGACGAGCUUCGCAGAGCGACGAGACAACCGACGGAGACAACCAGCCGCUGCCGGAGAGGAGUCAACUUCUGCCGCCACCCCAAYGACCCCAGGCACUCCCCACUCACCCUCCACACCCGCAUCGGGUCACCACCAGAACAGCCCGGGCCCCAGAGGCCCCGAGCCCAGCUCAGAGGCCUGGGAGCUGGGAGCUCGCCUCGAAGAGAAACGCAAAAGCAUUGAAGCUCAGAAAAGACGCAUUGAAGCUAUCUUUGCGAAGCACAGGCAGAGACUCGGAAAAACUGCCUUCCUCCAGCUAAAACGAGAGCAAGGAGAGGGAGGAGUGGAAGGAGCAGAAGAAAAUCUGACCCUGGAGGAGCGCCUCACUCGCAUGGAGGAGCAGCUGAAACAGGAGGAGGAGAAAGAGGAAACAGAAACUGAGAAAGAGGAAGAGAAGCCAUCUGUUUCGGACCCUCCUCGGUUAGAAAAGCAGGUCACAUUUUUCAUCGACAGCAAGAAAGGAGGUGAGGCGGUCRUAGUGGAGUACAACGAGGUGGUGCAGAAACUGAGUGAAGCUCUACAGUCCCUCCAGAGAGACAUGCAGAAACUGACAGAACAGCAGCAGCAGCUCCUGAGCAACCAAAGACCCAGAAACCCACCGAGAAACACCCCGAAAUCUGAACUGAGAGCCAAAACCCCUCCUCACACCCCGACAAAGACGCCACCAAGAACACCGACAAAGACUCCCACCAGGAGCACCACUAAAGCUUGGGUGAUCCCUGCUGGACCCAGUCCUCCCGCUGCCUCCUCCCCGUCACGACGCGCUCACAUUCCCCCCUCAUCCAGCUCCCCCAAAACCAGCACGUCCUCCUCGUGCCCUGCUCCCCGAACCAAAAUMCACUCGUCCUCCACUCCUCGCAGUCCCAAAACCAACCACCGCCCCCAGCGCCAGCCCCACCAACGGCCCUCCGAACUUAAAUUCCCUACGCUCAAUCGUGUCCUGACCCCCACCCAGAAYGUGGACACGCUCCCCCACCUGCGUCGAGUGUCCCCCAGCAAGUGUCAGGUCCAGACGUCCUCCUCGUUCCGCAUUGGUGGACCUCGGACCCCUCAGGAGUCGCCACAGCCCACCCAGCCGCCGCCGCAGCCCGAGGAGAACACCUCGGACACGGGCUCGAGUGACACACCCACCCAGUUCAACCUGGAGCUGGAGCAAGAGGACGCUGAGCCCGUGGGAGCACUACCAGUCCUGCCACCGUCCAGGCAGGACAGGCAGAGGACCACUGUCGGCAGCAGCUCGGGGGCUCCCUCCGAGUGCUCGUUUGAGAGCGACACGUUGUCGCUGUCCGCUGCGUUCAGCGCAGGAGGGGAAGGAGAGGCGGGAGCAGGCAAGCCCUGCAGCCUGAUUGAGGCGUCCCUGUCUUCUGCUGGAGGGGUGGAUGGGGGCAGUGACAUACCCACCGACGAGGGCCAGGAGUUUUCCUCCGACUCCAUGAGCGACCACACAGAAUCUGUGGCGGAGGCUGUCAAACGAGCUGCAGAGAGCCUGGAUCCGAUCCAAAUACUGAACCUGGCUACAGGAACCAGCGAUGAGCCAGAACCAACAACUGAACCAACAGAACACACAACACACACUGAGACAGAGGAGACAGAGGGGCCAAGUGAGGAGAAGAGAGGAGGAGUUGGAUUCUUCUUUAAGGAGGAAGGACACAGUGAAGGAGAGAUGGCGCAGCGUAAAGCUCUGCUGUUGGAAAGGCAGCAGAAACGAACAGAGGAGCUGAAGAAGAGGAGACAGUGGCACGAGCAGGAGAGGGAAAACAGACCAGCAUCCUCAGAAAGAAGAGUGGCAUCUCCUUCCAACACCUCCCCCGCAGGCACAACCUCACCCUCUCCCACACCCCCAGCUACCCCUGCCCGACGAGGGGAGUUCACACGAGGAGAGUACAUGAGACGGCAACAGCUCAGACUCAUGGAGGACCUGGACAAAGUCCUAAAGCAGAAAUCCCCCAACCAAGGCCGAUCAUCAACGAAGAAGACUCGCUCACGACCUCGCAGCAUGACCAGGGAGGAAACAAAGCUGUCUCUGAGUCCAGCCAAGGGAGCAAUGGGUUCUAAGCUGACAAAAGUCUAUUCCCACUCGUCACUGAACCUCGCAGCCACAGAUGAAGCAGGAAACAAUGGUGGUGAUCCCACAAAGAAAUCUCAGGACUGGGAGUCUGGGUCCAACGGGACCUCGCCUGCACCAGAAUACACAGGUCCAAAACUCUUCAAAGAACCAAGCUUCAAGUCCAACAAAUUCAUCAUUCACAAUGCUCUGUCACGCUGCUGUCUCGCUGGAAAGGUCAACGAAUCCCAAAAGAACAAGAUAGUAGAGGAAAUGGAGAAGAGUUCCGCAAACCACUUCCUGAUUCUCUUCCGYGACUCCAGCUGUCAGUUCAGAGGCGUCUACACCACCAACCCUGACACUCAGGAGCUGACACGGCUGACAGGAGUGGGCCCGCGGACAGUUAACCCCGCCCAGGUGGAAUCCAUGUAUAAAUACAGCUCAGACAGGAAGCAGUUCAGCUCCAUUCCAUCCAAAACCAUGGGCAUGAGCGUAGACGCCUUCACCAUCCCCGGCCAUCUCUGGCAAGGAGGAGCAGGAGGAGGAGGCGGGAGUAGGAGGGCAAGCAUUACUAAGAAGGCAGCCAAUUCUAAGUCAGGAGGAGUGUAGUUACAAUAAAAAUGAAAACACAAAGCAUAAAUUUUAUGAUCACUUAGAUGGACCUUUGGAUUUUUCUAGAAAUAGAAAAAAAAGAAAGAUUCCCCUUAUGUUCAUAAGAAUGUCCCCCCAAACAACUUUCCAAGAAUGGAAACUCAGAGUAAGAUUUGUUUUAAUUGUCCGUUGCACAUGUUAGUCACUUCUAAAAGGCUGCAUCGUUCCAGUAUACUUUAAUUCUUUGAAGUACAGAUUUAGCUUUUCUUUUAAAGAAAAUAUAAACAUUAUUGAGUCACACUGACACUCGCAGAACAAACAGUCUUGUUUUGUUUUUUUUUUACAUCUAAAGACCUAAGCGUCUCAGUGCAAAAGAUGUUCAGAACAUGAAGCCAAACUAYGAGUGGGAACAAUGCCUUUGUGUCMGAUUGACUGAGUGGACUUUCGGUUUUAUUUUCACUCUAUCAGUAGCUGUCAGUGUGUGGAUGGAUGAAAGCACAACUGUUUUGCUAAAUGAAAAAUAGCCAUAAAAAUGAAAUGCAGAGAUAACCUGAUUUUUUUUUUAGGUGGGGGCAGCGUUGAUGAAUCUCAGUGAUUCUAGAACAGCAUGAAUGGUUCUUCACUGUAUGUUGAAUAAGCUUAUUUCUAUAGUUCUAUCACAGUGAAACUGUGAUGUGAUAAAACUGAUAUGUGAAUGUUAGAUGCCAACURAAACCUUUUCUUAUUAAAAUAAACUAAAAGAUGCUGAA